AUGAGCGCCAUUGCUUCAUACACAUAUGGUAACUUUCUCUGGUUGAGCACUCAAGCUCUUCCUCUCAUUGUCUGGCCCUCCUUUGUCGGGUCUCUUCUUCGGCCUGACAACGAGACAUGUACCACUUUGGAAACGUACUUUGCCCGCUCUUUAGGACUCGCUCUCCUUGCGCUCGGCCUUACCGUAGUGGUUCUCUCAGGCGUUCUUCCUCUCGAUUCUGCUUCAAAAGAGGCCCCCGAAGGCGCACCAUCUCCCUACGCUUCCGCUGCGGUCCUCAUAUCCACCCUCCACCACGCUUCGAGCGCCUUUUACUGCUACGGUCGCUAUUCCUGGACUGGAGAGACGGGGUUCUUACUUGGCUGUUUAGGUAGUGCUGCCUUUGCGACCUUUGGAUUGUACUGUGUGUUGUUUGCUGGUGAUACCGCCAUGACGAGCCGGUACCACAAGUUUGACCAGAGCACAAGCGGAUUCCCGUUCAAGAACUCUCAAUCGUAUCGGGCCAAGAAGAAGGCUCUGUAA